AUGGGUGGAAGACAGGAAGAUGGGUUUGCUAGACUCGAGGCAAUGAUGCAACAGAUUAUUGGGUCAAAUGCAAAAAUGAGUGAAAGAGUAGAUGCACAUGAGUCAGCUAUUAAGAAUAUUGAAGUGCAGAUGGGCCAGAUUUCGAUGUCUUGGAAUAAUCGUCCUCUAGGGACAUUGCCUACAGACACGCAGGUAAAUCCAAAAGAUCAAGGCCCGAAGCAGCUGAUGGCAAUGAGUCUACGUAAUGGCAGAGACCUAGACUUGGAGAAAGAGAGGGCCUGGGAAAGCAUACAGGCUGAGACACUUAUUGAGGCUGAGAAAGAAAUUGAGACAGCCCAGGAACUGGUAGUUGAGGUGGUGUCUGACAAAGAAAAUACCCAAAUCAAUGGGAAGAAGAGACCUCCAGCACCAUUCCCACAAAGGCUAGCCAAGUACCAGAAAGGGGAACAAUACAGGAAAUUCUUGGAUAUGGUGAAACAAAUCCAGACCUGCAAUGCUGUGGUGACUAGACCAGUUGCUGAGAAGUUGUCUGACCCGGGGAGUUUUACAAUUCCCUGCACCAUUGGUAACUUUGCUUUUGCCAAGCUAGCUGACAGGACUGUGAAAAUACCUUCUGGUAUCUUGGAUGACGUGCUGAUUCAGGUACUCAAGGAGUGCAAGACUGCCAUUGGGUGGACCAUGGCAGACAUUAAGGGGAUCAGCCCAGCAUGUCACACAUCGACAUAUGACGGGCAUUUUGGAGGAGUCAGGAAGACAACGAAAGUGCUAGAAGUCGGGUUCUACUGGGCAACAGUGUUUAAGGAUGCACAUCAAUGGGUGAAGGGCUAUAAUGAAUUGGAACUAGAACAUAGAGCUUGGUGGGCAAUGAAACAGUUGAAUCUGGACAUUGAGGCUGCGGGCACAACUAGAGUCACAGAACUGCAUGAGCUCGACGAGUUCCGAUAUCUUGCUUUUGAGAGCACAAGACUGUAUAAGGAGAGAAUGAAGUGGUUGCACGACAAGAACAUUGUUGAACGAAAUUUCAAUCCCGGAGACAUGGUAUUGCUUUAUAACUCAAGAUUAAGGCUAUUUCCGGGAAAACUCAAGUCAUGA